UGAGGGCGGUGCCUGCUAGCUGCCGGUGGGGAGGGUUAGUGCUUCAUGUUGUUUUCGUCAAAAAGUACUUAAAAAGUAUAAAAGCUCGCGUGUAAAAUGGGGACCCGAGAUGACGAAUACGACUACCUGUUCAAAGUUGUACUAAUUGGAGAUUCUGGAGUGGGGAAGAGUAACCUGCUGUCCCGUUUCACAAGAAAUGAGUUUAACCUGGAGAGCAAGAGCACCAUCGGGGUGGAGUUUGCCACCCGCAGCAUCCAGGUGGACGGCAAAACGAUAAAGGCUCAGAUUUGGGACACGGCUGGACAGGAACGCUACAGAGCAAUCACCUCAGCGUAUUACCGGGGAGCGGUUGGUGCUCUCCUGGUUUACGACAUCGCCAAACACCUGACAUAUGAGAAUGUUGAACGCUGGCUGAAAGAGCUGAGGGACCACGCUGACAACAACAUCGUCAUCAUGCUGGUUGGAAACAAGAGCGACCUCAGACACCUCAGAGCCGUGCCCACUGACGAGGCUCGGGCUUUCUCAGAAAAGAACACCGUCUCUUUUAUUGAAACCUCAGCCUUGGACUCCACUAAUGUAGAAGAAGCUUUUAAAAAUAUUCUGACAGAAAUCUACCGUAUUGUAUCACAGAAGCAAAUUUCGGACAGAUGUGGACAUGAUGAUUCUCCGGGCAACAAUGUAGUGGACAUAAGUGUCCCUCCAACCAUGGAUGGGCAGAGGGGCAACAAAAUGCCCUGCUGUCAAAGCCUGUGAUGCUCAUACUUUUUCAUCCUUGACUUUCUGUUGGUCUUUCCUCUCUCCACCUAUUCUUUACUUCAGCUGUCAUUAUGAUUCUCGUAUUGGCACAGAUGUGUCUGAUUCAGGACUCUUGAAGCUGACAUUCCCUUUUGCUGGUUUCUUCUUUAUUUGUUUUUCUGUCUUCCUCUCAGUUAUAUCGUCAUAGACUCAGUUCAGACCUGGUAUUAACAUCCAUUCCGGAGUGAGACGAUCAUAUGCAGAUUGUGCCGUGGAUGGGUCAGAAUGCUACUACUCAAUCCUUUAUGUCUUUAGAUCAGAUCAAAAACUGGAUUGAAUGAUGAACAGCAGUGAUUUGAGGACGCAUGUGGCUAUAUUCCUGAGUUGCAUGAACACAGUCUAUCAUCUGGUCUCUUCAGCUGACGUUUUAUUUACAAUAAUCAGUAAUUGUUAAAUGAUUUGUAGCCACCACCACAGUACCAGCACUGAUCAACACAUGAUUAAUUUUUCCUAAAAAUGUUAAAAUGUUAUUUCAUGUUGCAGCUGUUUGAAUAGAGCUUUGUUUCACUCCGCUUCUCUCAACUCUCUCUUUUUUUUUUUCUUUCCCUGUCACUCAAGGCACACAAUAACACUCAAGACAGGUUGAGAUGAGACAACUGAACAGUCAGACUGUCAAAACGUAAUUUGUUAACAUUAUGUCAGUGUGUAUUAGAAUAAACGGCGAGGGAAGCAGAUGCGAUUUCAUGAGGUCACAGGAGAUGCAUCGGGAUGCAUCUGCCAGGUGUGAACAGUCCUACAGAACUCUAUCUGGAUGCCAUGGGAUCACUGAGAACUGAUGUUAAUACCAGGUCUGAAUUGGGGCCAUGAUGUCCUCUGUUGUGGGUCUGAUGUCAGGACUACAGUGAACUACAGUUUUUUUUAACAAGCCUUUAUGGUCCCAUUGACCCACUCCCGAUGAAGGAGCGGUGAGGGAUUAGCUGGUCCGUUUGUCAGUGCUCUAUAUGUUUUCUACUUGCCUCCUUCUCUCAGCCUGUAAUGAUACAGACUGACAUACUGAUGUGAUCUGCUAAAUUGAAAUUUCACUUUCAUGUCUGGUUGACCUCAAUUUGUCCAUCAUACAAUACGGGUGUAGUGGAGAGGAGAUGUGCAUCAAUAAUUAUAAUGGAGUAUGAAUUUUGGCUCUUUGUGGAGGUUUUGGUUGCCUCCUAUAUCCACCGUCAAGCCCUGUGCCCACUGAGGCUUUAAAUUAGCACGAGCCAGGGACCCGACUGGUUGUGACUGUGUGACUUAAUAUGGGUAUAUGUGAAACAAAUCAAAUGAUUUUAUUUGUGUGUGCAUGACUGUGUGUGUGCGCUUGUGUGUAGUGAUCAUAGAUUAUACAUUAGCUCACAAAGAUACCAAAGGAGGAAAAUGCGAUAUCAGUCCUGGCGUUUUCUCAUUUAAUCAUAUUUGAGGCCCUGAAGAUUGGAGAUAUUGCUCUAUUUGGCAACAGUAAUCUUAAAUGCUAUAUAGCAAAAGUGUUAUCAAUUGUAAUGUGUGUUCAAUGAGGCAAUUGUCCUGGAACACACCCUGUGUCUGCUUCCUUUUAAUGAGUUGACUUAAGUCGAACUCUCUUGAGCAGGCAGUUGCAAAAUAAAAAUCUUACUUGCACUUACGUCCAGAAUUUCCAGUUGAACAAAUCACCUUACAUGUUUAAAUAAAUUGAACAGUUUCCUUAUUGCUUGCAAGGGAAUUGUUGUUUGGAAAUAGAUUUUCAAAGCUGUUUCAGUUAUCAGCAGACUUUGCUGUAAUUGGUCUGUUUAUCUGUAAAACAAGAUUGGAUAAAGACAUGUGUUUCACAGAAGUUGGAGUCCCUUGUUUGGAUGGAAAAUGGAACUGAAAAUCAGUAAUGCAAAUUGUUUACACGGUUGGCUGAAAAUGCCUCUUCCAAACCAUCUGGUAGAAAAGCUUUCAUGUGUGAUGUUCUGUUUUUAUUUCAAAGUUGGCAAUCCUGAGAUUGUUUUGCUAAUUUCUGCACAGAAAAUACAGUAAAUAAACCUAAUUUACAUUA